CAAAAACUCGCGAUAGUGACAUUUCCGCAGGCAGACAAAAUUAUUUUUCAGGUUUUUGCGGGUUUUUGUGUAAAAUACUUUUGAUUUGCACAUUUUUAAUUUGAUAAUUUUGAUUAACUUUACAUUUAAUCUAUUCAAACAAUAAGUUUUAUAAGAACUGCAGUGUAUAAAACCGAAUACGCCCUUGAAAAUCUCACUACAAAAAAAUCUAAAGUCAGCAUAGCAACAGCUUUUCGAUCCAUAAAAUUCCUAUUGUGAGGAAUAUUGUGUUCUUUACGGUGCACGGGUGCCUUUAUGAGAUGAUUGGUGAUAAUGUGUGGAGAGAGAAGGAGCAGGAAAGAAGCACAUUAAACUGACAGAUAGUUUUGUAAGUACCUGGCCAGGUGGUGCUUUGUGUUAGAGUAAGAUGAUCACGAGAAGAUGGUUUCAUCCCUCAUUGAAUGGCGUGGACGCAGAGAAACUGCUGAUGGAGAGCGGUCGCGACGGGUAUUUCCUGGCGCGGCCCAGCAUGAGCAACAAAGGAGACUUCACGCUGUCCGUGCGCCGCGGUAACGAGGUCACGCACAUCAAAAUACAAAAUAAUGGAGAAUUCCUCGAUCUCUACGGCGGCGAAAAAUUUGCAACUCUCUCCGAACUCGUACAGUACUACAGGGACAACCACGGACAUCUUCGAGAAAAAAACGGUAACAUUAUAAGGCUAGAAACACCCUUGAACUGCGCAGAUCCGACUACAGAGCGGUGGUACCACGGUCAGCUGACGGCGAAGGAGGCCGAGAAGAUGAUGCUGGAGAACGGCAAGAACGGAUCGUUCCUGGUGCGAGAGUCGCAGCGGCAGCCGGGGGACUUCGUGCUGUCGGUGCGCACGCGCGACCGCGUCACCCACGUGAUCAUCCGCCGCCAGGACAACCGGUACGACGUGGGCGGCGGCCAGCAGUUCGACGACCUCGUCAGCCUCAUCGAGCACUACCGUAACUACCCCAUGGUCGAGACCACCGGCGAAGUGCUCCGGUUGAUUCAGCCUUUCAACGCCACUCGCAUUCAAGUGCGACACUUCCACACUAGAGUCAAACAGCUUCAAAAAGAAAAUGAAGGACCAAUCGAAAGCAUGGCUUAUAAACAAGGGUUUUGGGAGGAAUUCGAAACUUUGCAAAUGAUGGAAAAUUUGCAAUUAUUCGACAGAAUGGAAGGAUCGAAACCAGAAAAUAUAAGAAAAAAUCGAUACAAAAAUAUAAUACCGUUCGACCACACUCGCGUGGUGCUGCGAGAUAUCCCCAGCGACGCGCCGCCCGGUGCCGACUACAUCAACGCGAACUACAUCCGCUGCGACAGUUUCGACGGAAACUGCGACUCGCAGGACUCGGGCAACGGAACCAACGAGAACGGUUCCCCGCAAGCUCGAAGUGGCUCACCUAACAAAUGUAAGGACAAACUGUCGCCGAAUCAUACGAGUGUGGUAAUAAGCGAGGAAAAACCGAGAGAUGGCGCGAAAAAUCAGGGAAACGGCACCCACAAGCAGCUGCCGCCGUUCGAACCGAGCGUUCUCCGCUCGAAUCCGAAUUACGUUAAUACGACAAUUCCCAAAUCCGCAGUGGAGGCUGAAAAUGGCGACAUGGAACACGUGUACAACAAGCUGUACAUAGCUACACAGGGCUGCCUGUCGACUACGAUAUAUCAGUUCUGGUCGAUGAUCUGGCAAGAGGAUGUCCGCAUCAUCAUAAUGACGACGAAAGAAAUAGAACGGGGCAAAGUUAAAUGCGAGCGUUACUGGCCCGACUUGCACAAGACGGAGGUUAUAAAUAAAAAAUAUACGAUAUUUAACGAAUCCGAAUCUUCAACGCAAGAUUACACUUUGCGACGUUUUUUAGUGACGAAGAAGGACGAGCCAAAUGUGAAGAGAACGAUCUAUCACUUCCACUUCACAGCGUGGCCGGACCACGGCGUACCCUCAGAGCCGGGCCGCGUGCUCAACAUUCUACUGGACGUGAACUACCGACUGCAGCAGAUCAUGACGCAACCCGGGGGCGGAGCGCCCAGCCAGGCCGUGGUGUGCGUCCACUGUUCUGCCGGCAUCGGCCGCACCGGCACCUUCAUCGUCAUCGACAUGAUUCUCGACCAGAUCCGCAAGGAGGGCUUCGACUGCGAGAUCGACAUCCACCGCACGGUGCAGAUGGUGCGCGACCAACGCUCGGGCAUGGUGCAGAACGAGGCGCAGUACAAGUUCAUCUACAUGGCGGUGCUGGAGUUUAUCGAGACAGAGAAGCAGCGCGUGGGGUUGGGUCCCGAGCCCGCGCACGACUCCCCGCGUGCGCCCUUCUUAUGAAGAGCGCCGCAGCCGCCGGCCCGCCGCGGUGGGCCACCUGAUAGCUUUAUGUCGAUACGAGUGCUCUGGAGGGCGCGGUUGAGCGUUCGCCGCCCGUUCUCGUUAAGCGUUCUUAAGUCUGUUCCACAUUAAUGCAAUAUGAUUGCAAUUUUUAUUUCUCAACAUUUAAAUUGCCGAGCGUGUGUAUUAUUGAUGAAAUGUUUGAAUGUUAUAUUACGUUUGUUAAUGCUGUGCUACUUUUAUGUAGGUGGUCUUAUUUUAAAAGACACAACGUCCGAUUGUGUGUUACACAGAAUACUUACUAACGUAAAUAUUGUACUGUUUUAUUUUUACGUUACUAGGUAGGUACCAUAACACAACAUAUGAAUCGAGUUUUAGCUUUAAGUGCCAGUCUAUUGAAUAAGUUAUCAACAUGAACAUGAAAGGCAACAACUAAAGGCGAUGGAAUGUAGUGAUGGAUGAAUAAUAACAGAAAUAUAAUACAUAAGUUUUCCUGAUGGAAAAAUCAGAGAAACAAUUUUGUUGUAAGAAGUGUUCUAUUGUUGUAAGAUAUAUUACGUAUGUAUAGAUUUUUAUUUAAUGAGGCACUAAUUAGAACUGUUAAGUGACCAGAAACCACAGGUCUCGUAAAUCCAACAGUUCUCUAAAGUGGAUGUUGUUAUUGAACGAUUUGGUUGAAAUUCCGAUGCUGCUCGUUUAAAUUGAAUAUGAUAUUGUUACAGAGUGGUAUACUAACUGUUAGUACGUUAAACAUUAAAACUUUUUUAAUUUAUCUAAAAAUAAAACGGCGACCUGAUAUAUCAAAUUGUUGCUUUAAAUUUGUACUACAUGAAAGUCAGGAGAUUGACUUCACAGUGAUCUCGAAUGGAUUUUGAUUAUACACAAUUUUUAUUUCAAUGCAACAGAAAAUGAUAAUUCGUAACUGAAAGUUGUUCAGGAUUAGUUUGUUUGUCCUGGCAAGCUCACCCGAGUGCGACCACUGCGGCGCCCCCGUGGGCCUAGGCUCUAAUUAGUUGUUACAUGUAAUAUUUAUUCCAUCAUUAAUGAAAUACUUAAUUCAAUUUCGAUGAUUUUACAAUACCUUCUAAGUAACGAUAUAGCUUCCCGUUUUAACAGAGGGAGACAAGACUUUUUUAGAAUAUUUGGAUACCUAUCUUUAUCACUCUAUUAAAAAAUGUUUUGUAUUUGCUUCAUACCCUUCCGUUUUUCAGAAUCUUCCUUUUGUUAUAAUUAUGAAUAGUCAGUUUUUAUUUUUUUAUUCUUGUUGGGAGAUGAGGUGCUUUACGUGGAGUAUCGGGCCGCGCCAAGACGCGGUGGUGCGAGAUAUUUUAUGUAAAAUUUAUUUUUUGUUUAUAUGCUGAAGUGAUAUUAUAAUAAUUAUGUAUAUGCCGAUCAUUCAAAGCAGUGGUUUUUAUUUUUUGUAAUUGGAAGACACAUUUAUGAUAAAGGAACUAGUAGUUAAAAACUAAACACCAGUUAUUUUCAAAUUAAAUGUAGGAAAGAAAUGGCAAAACAUGACACAGAAACCCAACAGGUAUUGCAACAUUAAAUUAAUGUUUAAUUGUUAUUUAGUUUCACACAAAAAUAAUUUGUAUUGGAGUUAAUUAUUUUAAACAUUGCUUGUAAAUUGAUUGAAGUAAAAAAAUUGCAUGUCAUAAAAUAUUCACUGCUUGAAUGAUCUAAUGCUAUUAUAAAUUGUUGGCAUUUUAUUUAUGUAAUAUUCCAAUUGUAAAGCAGAGCUUAAGUAUGUGCACGAAGAAAUAAAUAGAUUCUUUUAUGUUAUCUGCUAAAGAUAUAUGUUGUGUUAAAAAUGUAAUAAUGAAUAAAAUGUGAUAUUAUAUAA